AUGUCCGGGCAAGGCCGACCACACGGUCCACCGCCCGGGAGCGCAGCUCCGGAGACUGACGAGGACGAGCAGUCCAAGAACGACUCUGUCUGCAGUGACGAAACCUUUCAACGGAACCCAGACAUGAAGUUGACCAGGCAGCUCAUGGCGGAGAGGGGCCUUUACAACAAGCACUCUCUGGAGCAUCCGUUGCUGAAGGGGUUUGCCACGUACCUGGAGAAAGACCUCUACAAUGAGAAUUUUAAACAGGAGGUUGAAAAUGUUGCUCGGUUCCUGUACUACAUGGACCCGCAGUCUCUCCGAGGCAAACUGAAAACACAAACACAACUUAAUUACCUCAAUAGCUUGAAACGAUUCCUAACAUACCACACAGUCUACACCAACCUGAGGAAUGAGGAUGAGAAACUCCACGAGGACUGCCGACAAUUUAUUGAGUACACUGUGUCUCUGCUGAAAAGCUGCUCAGAGAAAGUGAGCAAAGAGAUCACCCAAGCGAGGCAUGCCAAGCUGACAGAGAAUUGCCAGCUGACUCCUCAUGACUGCUUGGCUGUGUUGAGGGCUGCCAAGAGGGACUUCUUGUCCGUGAUCAACAAAGUCUACCCAGACGACAGCUCCUCCCUGGAGAAGACUGAGUGCGGCCUUGUGGUGUACUACCUCGAGGCAGUGGUGCUCCUGAAACACCACCAACUACCAGGCGUGGUGGAGCACAUGACUGUACAGGAGUGGGCUGCCCGAAAGCCAGACUCCUCUGGCAACAGAAUCGUUGGCGUAAAGGAGCACAAGACAGCAGCACAGUUUGCCAUGUUUGCCCUUUCACAGGAGGAGGAGUUGUGGUUUGAGAUUUACUUCACACAGGUGAGGCCACUACUCCUGGAGUCCAAGAGGGUUAAGAGGAAUGACACAGAAGGAGAAGAUCGAUUCUUCAUCUCCACCACGGGAGGCCCAUCUACAAUGCCUCCAAUGACCUGCACCGGCUGCAAACAAAGUAAGCUACCCAUCACGAUUCACCUCCCCUGCAUUUCUGACACUGCUGUCUCAGCCGGGGUGAGUUAAUCAAUAUUAACAUACUGUUGAAACUUGUUU